AUGUUGCGAAACACUCUGUCGGUGAAGCAUCAGUCAGCAACGAUGAAGACUCCCGUCCCUUUAUCGACGGCGGUGAUAGCAAUAGCACUAGCAACAUCAACACUAUCUCUCUUCUUCGUCCCCUCUUCAUCAUGGCAGAUCCUCACAAACCACAACUUCACUUCUCAGAUCCACCACCAUCCACACAUCCUCCUCCUCCUCACUCUCCCCUGGUCUGGUGAAUCCCGUUCCCUAAUGAACGAUAUCUCGCUUGAAAUCUCCAACAAGCCUCAAGAAUUUCACGAUCUUAAACUAAUGUUUACGCAUGUCAAUAAAGAGAAAACGAUGAUGGAUUCAAUCGGUGUUAACGUGGAUGGAAUGAUAACUGUGGUUUAUUUUCAUUAUUCUGUGGCUUAUAAGUAUACAGGAAGACUUUCAGCGAAGAGUAUUUUGUCUUCGUUUCAUCAUUAUGUUUCCGUUGCGCCUCAGGAGGUUCCUUUCAAAGUGCUUGAUAGUCCGAGGGAUUUCGCAACGUUUGUGGAUUCGGCCGAUGCAACUAUUGUUCUUGUUGAUUUUUGUGGAUGGACGCCGAAGUUGAUAGCUAGGAGUAAGAAAUUCAAUGGAACACAACAUGGUACUAUUGGGCUUCACCUUGGAAUGGGUUUUAGUGGAGAGAAUGACAGAGUACUGUUUUCAAGGGGGAAGACUAACCAGAAGGUUGCUGAGGAGGCCAUGUGCAAGGUUGAACACAACAUCAAUAAAGGGUUUUGUGAAGUUCCUUGGCUUGGGGAUUUUAUCUCGGUAAAUGAUGGCCAUUUGGGGGGCUUCAAGGAUCCGAAUACUCAUAAUCUUCACUCUUGUUCAUAUGAGGAAUUUGAGCGUUUCCAUUCUUUCUAUCAGAAGUUCAUGAAUGCUGUGAAAGAAUUCUUUCUGCCUCCUGAACGACGUAGAUUUGGUCUGGUUUCAGAUAGGGCGAUGCUUUCAUCCUUAGGUGUUGGUGAUUCCGGAUCAUGGUUUGCAGUUCACUACCUAGCUGGAUGUUCAAGUUGUUCACAUAUUCUUAAAGAAGAGGAUGACUUGAACUAUGUUUUGCAGAGAAAUAAUUAUUUUGUCAAAGAGUUGGAAGGUAAUGGACAUGAUCAAGAAGCCACCAUACCAGCAAAUAAGCCAUCGGUACUUCUAUUUGUUGAUAGAUCAUCGUCCUCCUCAGAAACUAGGGGAAAAAGUUUGGAAGCUCUUAAAGCUCUUAGAGUAUUGGCACAACACUAUCCUGUGAAUCAAAUGGAUAGGAAUAAUGAUAAUCACAAGAAAGUUUUAAUCCGAAAUUAUCGUGGCACAAAGAGCACAUCUGAUCUUCUUAGGUCAAAUUUAUUGAUGAAAGCUCAGAAUAUUAAACUAAACAACAAGAUAUCUUCCAUUACAAUUAUUAACGAGGGUAAGCAAGUUAGUGUGGAUAAUGUAGUGUCUGAUCUACAAGUGAGUUCUUUGAAUGAGUUAUUGGGUUACAUUGUCCAGCAAAAGAAAGAUGGAAAACUAAGCUCUCUAGCCAAGGGUUUAGGUUUCCAACUUUUAUCUGAGGAUAUUGACAUCAGUUCAGCCAAUACACAACAACAAUUGCAUUCCGAAGUUCAAUCAAAUCAAAUUUCAGCAGAAACUUCUCAAGAAGAUCAUACAGGUACUGUAAUUACAGACGGCUAUCCAUAUAAAUCUGCUGGGGAAAAUCCUAAAUUGGUCGUGCUAUCUUCUCAGCAUGAUGAAGUCAAGAAAUCUUCUAUUGUCACCAGUGAAGAGAUAAAAGGUGUGCACUCUGAAGAAUCUAUUGAAGAUCACAAACUUCCCAGUGCCAAAAUUAUUCAAUCGGAAAUAAAUAGCCCCGGGGAUGGUUCUUUUGAUGGAAACAAGUAUGCAGAAGAACAUGAUGAUUUUCUUGGUUUUAAUGGUUCCUUUUUCUAUUCUGAUGGUAAUUAUCAGUUGCUUGAAAGGCUCACUGGUGCUUAUAGAAUUCCAUCUAUGGUCAUAGUUGACCCCUUUUGGCAGCAACAUUAUGUUUACCCUGAAGAGAAAAGUUUCAACUUAGCUUCACUGCAUGGUUUUCUUUCCGAGUUUCUUAGUGGAACUUUGCUUCCAUAUCAGCUGUCAGAAGACGUUCUUCAAGGCCAAAGGGAGGCCAGGCAUCCUCCAUUUGUUAAUUUGGAUUUUCAUGAAGUGGAUUCUAUACCUCGAAUCACAGCAAAUACUUUCUCUGAACUUGUUAUUGGUUUCAAUCUUUCUAACAAAGAGAACACUUCAAAUGCAUGGAACAAAGAUGUUUUGGUCUUGUUUAGCAAUAGUUGGUGUGCAUUCUGCCAGAGAAUGGAUUUGAUUGUUCGUGAAGUAUAUCGGACCAUUAAGGGCUAUGUCGAUACGUUAAAAAGGGGAUCUCAGAACGUUACUGAUCACGAAAAUUUUGAUUAUGUUUUGAUGAAGAUUCCGACAAUCUACCUAUUGGAUUGUACAUUGAAUGAUUGCCAUCUGAUACUGAAGUCUGUCAAUCAGAAGGAGGUUUAUCCUGCACUGGUUCUAUUUCCAGCAGAGAAAAAGGAACCUCUUCUUUAUGGAGGAGAUGUGGCUGUAAUUGAUGUUAUGAAGUUUAUAGCUGAGCAUGGAAGUAACUUUCAUGAUCUUAUCAGAGAUAAAGUUCUGUGGCUGUCUGAAAGAGUAGUCAAGAAUCAAAACUUACAUGGCACUUUGCAAACUGAUGUUCAUGAGGAAUCACUUCAUAUGCGGACAAAAAAUCGUGGAGUCCCAGGUCCUGAUAGAGUACUGAAUCAGGCUGUAGAACCUAACAUGAUAAAUUUACCAGUAUCAAAUGAACGGGUUGAAACAUUGCCUCACGUGGUGGUCGGUUCUGUGCUAAUUGCCACAGAAAAGCUUUUGGGGGUUCAACCAUUUGAUGGAUCCAAGAUUCUCAUUGUGGCAGCCAAUCAAAUAGCUGGAUUUCAAGGUCUUAUCAUUAACAAGCAUCUAAACUGGAGUUUUCUGCCUAAAUUGAAAGAAGACUUUGAAACAUUGAAAGAGGCUCCUUUGUCCUUUGGGGGUCCAGUUGUGAAAACCGGAAUGCCUCUAUUAUCCUUAACUAGAAUAGUUUCUGGAAACAAUUUACCCGAAAUCCUACCUGGAGUUUACUUCCUUGAUCACCUAGCGACAAUUAGUAAAAUCGAGGAGCUGAAAUCAGAAAAUCAAUCCGUUGACGGUUGCUGGUUUUUCUUCGGGUACUCAAAUUGGGAAUGGAAUCAGUUGUAUCAUGAGAUAGCAGAAGGAGCUUGGAACUUGAGUGAGGAUGGAGUGAGACAUUUACAAUGGCCUUGA